AUGGUGGGAUGUGCAGCUGAAUUCAUUAGAAUUGUUACUAGUAAGGCCAACUAUUACUGCCAAUUGGAACAAAGAGACACAAUUACUGCUGAAGAUUUGAUAGAUGCUAUGCGAAAAAUGCGUCUCGAUGUCAUCGCUGAUUAUUCCUCCCGAUACAACCAACACUAUCAUAACUUUCAUGCUUCUGUGAGCGGUCAAUACGCUCCCCCACCACCACCACCGUUGCCACAAGAUGUUCAAGCUUGUGUUAGCGGCGAAUAUUAUGCUCCACCACCACCACCACUGCUGCCACAAGAUGUUCAAGCUCGUGUUAGCGGCCAAUAUUAUGCUCCCCCUCCUCCACCACCACUGUCAUUACAAGAUGUUCAAGCUCGCAAUUUUUCAAUGGCUCCAAAUUCCAAGUUUCCGAACCCAAUAGAAAUGAGUACAUUUUUUGGAGUUGAUGAUGAAGUACUUCCAUCACCAUUGCUGCCACAAAAUGUUCAAGCUGUUAGCGGCCAAUAUUAUGCUCCUUCUAUAUCACCACUGCCAUCACAGGAUGUUCAAGCUCCCAAUUUUUUUAUGGCUCCAAAUUUCAAGUUUCCGAACCCAAUAGAAAUGGGUACAUUUUUUGGAGGUGAUGAUAGUGAAGAACUUCCUCCACCACUACUAUCACAAGAUGUUCAAACUUAUGUUGGUGGCCAAUGCGCACCUCCUCCACCACCACCACAGGAUGACCAAGCUCGCUAUUUUCCAAUGGCUUCAAAUUUCAAGUUUCCAAAUCCAAUAGAAAUGGGUUCAUUUUUUGGAUAUGAUGAUGGUGAAGAACUUCCUCCACCACCACCACCACAACAACUGCCACGAGAUGUUCAAGCUCGUGUCAGGGGCCAAUACGCACCUCCUCCACCUCCACUGGAUGUUCAAGCUUGCUAUUUUCCAAAGCCUCCAAAUUUCAAGUUUCCGAACCCAAUAGAAAUUGGUGCAUAUUUUGGAGAUGAUGGUGGUGAAGAACUUCCUCCACCACCACCACAAGAUGUUCAAGCUAGUGUCAGUGGCCAAUAUGCACCUCCUCCACCACCACUGCUACCACAGGAUGUUCAAGCUCAUGAUUUUUCAAUGGCUCCAAAUUUCAUGUUUCGGGAACCAACAGAGAUGGGUUCACUAUUUGGAGAUGGUUAUGGUGAGGAACUUGACGGUGGCGGUGGCGGUGGCGGUGGCGGUGGAGAUGGUAAUUCAGAAGGCUUUGAUCUUAUUGCUUUUCUUAAUAGUUAUGACAAGUGA